UCGACAAAUGCACUCCUUCUAAACAACGCCAUUUUUUAAAACUUUGGCAAAGCGUCAAGUGUAUUCAACUUAGUGCACUGGGUUCGUAACAUAUUGUAGUUUUGGGACAGAACAAUGUAUUGGAGAUCAGAUGUUUCAUCGAUGAUAAAAUUAGCAGAAUGUCAGUUCAGUUUUACUUCGUCACAUCCUCUCCCACUACCCGCGACUGAACUUCCUCUCACUACCAUAUUUGGUGGCGAGAAAACGUUCUAAACGGAUGCUUCAGCUUUAUAGCCCGUGUGACGUGACAUGUCUGGGUUACUCCUUAUGUUUGUGUGGUAACACUUUUGAUGUUGUCUUUCUGACAAAAAUAAGCAUGGCGGACUCAAACUCGUAUAUUCGCGUCUCCGGAUUUGUUCUUGGUUCAUUGAUGUUUCAGCACUUGAACAGUGAUUCUGAUGUGGAAGGUCUCAUUCUCGGGGAGACCAAAGCUGAAGAGCGAUGCAACAUCACUGACUCUCAAAUCGACAACAUACAGUUUGAGCAUACAAUAAACAUUCAGAAACACAUAUCAUGUCGCAAGCUCAAGAGCUUCUAUAAUAGAAUAGGGGAGGUGAACCAGGAUGAAAUAAGGCACAUUUUAUCCAACUAUAAGGAGGAGAAUGUGAUUGGUUGGUAUAAACAGCGGAGAAACACAGAUCAACAAAUUACCUUCAGAGAGCAAGUAGUCCACGAGAACCUGAAGAGGGCACUCUCUAAUCACGAGCUGGUCUUUCUGCUACUGACACCCAGUGAGAUCACAACAUCAGGCUCCACUCACAAACUGGAGUAUGCAGUCUUCAGAUCACAUGGCAGUCAGUAUUGCAGUGUACCUGUCCUGGUCAGCAACCUGGGUUUGUUGGAAGAGCAGGACUACUGGAGACUCUCUGCAUCUUGUUCAUCAGUCAACUACAACCAUGCUGUUAGGAAACACAGAUCUAAAUUCUUCUCCUCCGAUGGAUCUCUGCAUGAGGUGGAUGAGAUUAAUGACAUGAACAACACCUUGCAGGGUGAACUGACGAUGGCAUGUAAGAAAGUGGAGGAGAGUGAACGAUUGGUCGAGAAGCUGCUUGCAGAUGUUUCUGCUCUAAGAAGGAUGGUCAAUGAUAGGAAACAAGAGCUGGGAGAAAUCUCAGCAGAUGGAGCCUCCACCCUGGCACAGCCCCAGGAGAAUGUGCUGCUCUGUGAGGUCAUCAAAACACUAUUUCCUGGGGCAUCUCUACUCCAAACGCAGGCUCUAAACCUCCAGGGGUUUCCAUUGCCUGAUUUCUGCUGCAGCACUGACCAUGGCAUAGACAUCGCUACAACACUGCCUUUGAUCCUGAGUCAUACACUCCCUAAAGCCAGGAAGGGGAGGCUUGGGAGAGGCGGAGGUGCAUCCUGGAGAAAACGUCCCCUUCGUGAAUCAUCUGAGGUGCCCAAGAGGAGGAAAGGCAUGCUGGAGGAGACUGAGGAGUCUUUGUCAGUCAGUGGGUCUGAGACCGAGGAGGAUUUGAUCCCAGCCAAUCAGAACGGAAAUGAUUUAGAUGUGUCCAAUUCCCCCGUCUUCUGAGGACCAAAAGGACUGCUCAAGAAUGGUCACUUUGCAUUAAAUGUCACUGUAUGGAUUAUAGGAAAUUCUGUGACAUUCCCCUGUAACAGUCCUCCAUCAAUAACUGAAAACUUGAUAUGUUUGCAGGGAUGCCUUCAAUUAGCUUAUUUUUAGGGGCAACAUGUUUUAUUUAGAAGUGACUGUCCAAGUUAUUGAUUAUAAUAACUUUAGUUUAUCAACAAUUGUUUUUAUAUUCAAGCUGUUGUUGAACUUGUACAUAAUUACAUAAAAUUAUUUUCACGUG